UGAUCCGAUCAUGCCAUGAUAGUUUUCUUGGCAGAAGAUCUUUCGACUAUAGUGGAGCAAGUCGUUUGUAUAUAAAUGCCCGCCAGGAAGACAGCAUUGAGCCCUAAGCACGAAGCAUACCAUCUUCUCAUCAACAUGAAGGUUCUCGUCGUCCUUGCCCACCCCGAGCCCCAGUCUUUCAAUGGCUCUCUCUUCCAAAUGUCCGUUAACGAACUUGAAGCUCAGGGCCACCAAGUACAAACCUCAGACUUAUACUCAAUGAAAUGGAAAUCCGAGAUCGAUCGUACAGACUUUCCUAAUCUCUCAACCGAUGCCCGUCUCAAAGUUGCAUACGCAUCGAGGGAUUCAUACAAAACAGGAAAUCUUACAGAAGACGUCAAGACCGAACAAGAAAAGCUGCUCUGGGCUGACAUGGUCCUGAUUCACUUUCCCCUCUGGUGGUAUACCAUGCCUGCUAUUCUCAAAGGCUGGGUCGAGAGAGUGUUCUCCAUGGGCUUCACAUAUGGAGUUGGCGAGCAUAGCGAGAAGCAUUAUGGCGAUAGAUAUGGCGAAGGAGUGUUUGCCGGGAAGCGAGCGAUGCUUGUCGUUACUAUCGGGGGUCGUGAAGAGCACUACUCGGCUCGCGGAAUUGCUGGACAUAUUGACGACUUACUCUACCCCAUCAACCAUGGCGUGCUGUACUACCCCGGAUUCCAGGUUCUUCCAUCUCAUGUCGUCUAUCAAACGGACAGGCUAGAUCAGGCUGGUUUCGAGAAGGAGGCAGAGACGCUCCGUGAAAAGCUGAGGCAUUUGGAUACCAUAGAGCCUAUACCUUACAGGCCGCAAAAUGGCGGUGACUAUGAGAUGCCGACCUUGACUCUCAAACCCGGUCUGGAGGGGAAGAACGCUACGGGGUUCUCAAUCCAUAUUCGCGACAGCGGAGCAGCUGAGGGCAAGUGAUGGGAAGUCUGGGUUUACUCAGAACAAGACAGAUACAGGAGAUAGAUAAGCAAUGGAAUAAGAAAAGGAGAUAUCGAUGAUAAUAGAAGCUACUUGAAAGUCUCAAU